UGGAAGGCGGCAGUUUUCUACUCCCUCGUCUUCUCUGUGACCAUCAUAGGAGAGGGCUACGACCUAGCCCUCAUGGGCAACUUUUUCUCGCUUCGCCAGUUCCAAUCUCUCUUUGGAGUUGAGCCAGCCCCGGGCAAGGCUCCAGAGAUCCCUGCCCUCUGGCAGUCGUUGAUCCAGUGUGCCGCCCUCCUCGGCCAAGUCUGUGCCAUAUACCUGACCGGUCACUGUGUCGACCGCUUCGGCUAUCGCAGGACCGUCUUGAUCGCCCUUGGCUCGGUCCUCGUAUUCCUCUUCGUCCCCUUUUUCUCCACCCAGGCCAUCGGCACUGCUGGUUCCAACGGCGGUCUCGGUGUCCUUCUUGCUGGCGAGUUUCUCCUCGGCAUGCCCUGGGGUGUUUUCCAGGCUACCACCCUUCCCUACGCCUCCGAGGUCGCCCCAGUCAAGCUCCGUCCCACCUUGACCACGUUCGUCAACAUGUGCUGGAUCUUGGGCCAGCUUCUGGCCACCGGGGCCACCAAGGCCGUCACCCGUCUUGACAACUUCGCCGCCUUUCGGAUCCCCGUGGCUGUCCAGUGGACGUGGCCUGUGCCUGUCGCCUUGUUCGUCUACCUCGCACCCGAGUCGCCUUGGUGGUUUGUCCGGCACGGUCGGUCCAGAGAGGCCCUCGAGUCCAUCCGUCGACUCAACAACGACAGGGAUUUCCCCGCCGAGGGCCAACUCCGCAUCCUAGAAUUGACCAACGCCCACGAGCGAGACGCGGACAGGACUAGCUGCGGUCAAUACCUCGACUGUUUCAAGGCUACUAACCGUCGCCGCACCGAGGUCGUGGUCAUGCUAAACCUGACACAGCAACUCUGCGGUUCCUGUCUCAUGUACUACUCGGCCAAGCUCUACCAAAAAGGCGGCAUCAAACCCGAGAACGCCUUUGACUACACCCUCGUCCAGUACGGCCUCGGCAUCGUCGCCAUCAGUUUCUCCUGGCUCCUGAUGCGUUACUUCGGACGGCGUCGCAUCUGGAUCUCCGGUCUUACACUCUCGACCAUCCUCCUAAGCGGCGUGGGCUUUCUCGGUUUCUUCAUCGGCCACCACCCGGCCAUACCAUGGGCCAUCGCCGCCCUUCUUAUCUUUUUCACCGCCGUCUACAACCUGUCCAUCGGGCCCCUCACCUACUCCCUAGUCAGUGAGAUGCCGUCCACCAGGCUCAAGGCCAAGACCAUCGUCAUCGGACGCUGCUCCUAUCUCAUCGCUGGCCUCUUCAAUCUCUUCCUCACCCCGAAGAUGCUAGAGGACAUCCCCAAUGGGUGGGGUCUCGGUCCCCGUGCCGCCCUCGUCUUCGCCGGCCUCAACAUGGUCUUCUUGACCUGGGCUUGGUUCCGGCUUCCCGAGACGAAGGGCCGCAGCUUUGCCGAGAUUGAUGAGUUGUUCCAGCGUAAGACGCUGGCGAGAAGGUUUAAAACCACCAUACUGUCAGAGCCG